AUGGAAGCUCCAUCUUUAAGCGUUAGAAAAGAUGCAUGGACUGAAGAAGAAGACAUUCUUCUUAAGAAAUGUAUUGAGAAAUACGGUGAAGGGACAUGGCAUCGUGUACCUUUCAGAGCAGGCUUGAACCGUUGCCGGAAAAGCUGUAGACUGAGGUGGCUGAACUAUCUGAAGCCUGACAUCAAGAGAGGAGCUUUUGCAGAUGAUGAAGUUGACCUAAUGAUUCGCCUGCAUAACGUUCUUGGCAAUAGAUGGUCACUUAUUGCUGGUAGACUACCUGGACGAACAGCAAACGAUGUGAAAAACUAUUGGAACACCUACUUACGGAAGAAAAUGGUAAAACCUUCACCAAAACUCAACAUCGAAGUCAUCAAACCUCGACCACUAAACUUAUCGGUUCCCUUAGACAAAAACAACAACAACAAUAACAAUGAUUCCGACCACGCAGCAGUAUCAACACCAGCAAGCAAUAGUUUGGUAUCAUCUGACAGCGGCAACAAUAGUAGUUAUGAUUUUUCUAAUGAUAAUAACGAGAUUAUGUGGUGGAAAAAUAUGUUGAUGAAUGAGGACGAGCCACAAGGUUUUGGCAAUAAUAUCAAUCACAGUGCAUCAGGAGACCAGUUUAUCAAUGAAGCAUUAGGGGAUGUGAGAACUCAAGUGGUUGAGGAAGACAAUUAUGGUACUGUGGAUGAGCUUUUUAUUGAUUUUGACCUUUGGAAUAUGCUCAACCCAUAG